AAUCGCUUCCUCCGAUCCUCGAGUUUUCAACGUGUGUACAACGAUCCGAAAUGUUGCGGAUAUACUUGAUUUUAAUCGUAGCAGCGAGCGCGGCGAUGGCACAAGUACCAUUUUUAGGCUCUUGCCCCGUAGUGGAAACCAUACCGAAUUUCGAUAUAAAAAAGUACGUGGGCAAAUGGUACGAGAUCGAAAAAUAUUUCGCCUUCUUCGAGUUCGGCGGGAAAUGCGUUACUGCGAUUUACAGCGAGGGCGAAAAUAACGCGAUUAAUAUUUUGAACAAGCAGAUAUCGGCUCUGACCGGAGUUUCGUCGAGUAUAGAGGGGAUUGGAAAACCGGUUGUUAAGAUCGAAGAGGCGAAAUUGAUCGUUACAUUCCCAACUUUGCCUCUUCCGGUUGAUGCCCCUUAUUGGAUUCUUGACACCGACUAUACGAGCUAUUCUGUCGUGUGGAGUUGUUCCAACUUUGGCGUGUUUAGCAUGAGGAACGUUUGGAUUUUGGCAAGAGAGCCAAAGCCACCGGUAUCCGUGUUGGAGAAAGCUUAUCAAGUAUUGGAUAAAAAUAAUAUAAGUAGGGCGUAUUUUAUUCGUACAGAUCAGAAAAAUUGCCCUCUAGAAAAUUAAAUAAAGUACGAUCAAAAAUCACGUUUGUUUGAAAAAGUAAGUUGUUUUUGUAAAAUAUGUUUUUUGUGCUCAAUUUGAUUAUUAGAUAGUGAUUAUUUAUUCAUCUUUAUUUAUUCUAUUUGAAUCUAAUAAUUUAAGUAUCUAUAGUUUACUUUAUCGAGCGUCG